AUGGUUCACGUACCGUAUCUGUUUCGCACCAUCACCGUCGACCAGCUCGUCUAUCCGAUCCACUACGAGACCAAUGCGCAGCUGCUCUACGCUUACAGCUUUGUGCUCACGUGCUCACCCCGCUCGCCCAUCUCGAACCUCACCAUCGCCAAGCAGAACGGCGAGGCAUCGACAAGGAGCCUCGGUUGGAUGCACCUGCCUCUGCCGCACUCGGCGUGGGUGAUGAACACCUUCAUGAUCGGCGUCGGCGUCGUCAUGGUGGUCUACAACGUCAUCAUCACGGUCCUCAACGGUCGGCAGAGGCAGCUGACCCGCGCGCCGGGGCACAACAUCUUCGACGCGGUUCUGAUCCAGCAUCAUACCCAGGAGUGGCUUGCUAGCGCUCCAACACCGGAGUCGCUCGACUUUGUCAAAGUGGCCUGGUGCGACAUGGCCAACAUCUAUCGACUCUGCUGCGCGGCACUGGCGUCGUACAUCGUGUUGAUCGUGCUGGUCAUCGCCAUGUUGGUGCUGUACGCGAUUCCCAAUCAGAUCUUCCUCAUGGACAACCUCGUUGCCAUCUACCCAGAUCCACACUUUGAGCAGCCUUCCAAGCGGAGUGCGUUCCACCUCGCUCGUGCGCUCUGGCACAUCGGCCUACCCAAGCAUCUGCACGGCAGCAGCUACGUUGCUUUCAAAAAGACGUGGAUGAUGGUCAUGGUGGGUCAUUCUCAGAUGUUCCUCAUCCUCGCUGCUCUGUUUGCCUUUUCGGUGCCACCGCUGUACCUCUUCGUCGGUCCUUGGAAGAGGGUGUGGGGAGGCACGAGUCCUGCGCCGGACGUGACGUUUAUCGUUGCCUUCUGCAUCACCACGGCGCUGUUGACGGCGGCGUGGGUGACGGCGGUGGCGGGCGUGCUGACGUUUGACGACGUCUUCCGCGCCGUAUCGGGGAUUGGUGUGACGCGGAUGGACGAAACUCCACCGACGCACAGUCUAGGUCUCAUGCGCACCUUUCGACAAGCGCUGUCCCCCGUUCCUGCUUCGCCAAGACCGGCGCGAGCGGCGCAAACCGAGAGCGCGGCGCGACCAACACUCCGCUACUCCACGUCGACUGGCUCGCACAAGAGCGAGAAGCGUUCCAUCGCCAACCACCCGCAGCGGGGUAAGGACAACACCAUCACCGUCUCGAUCGAAACGUGCGUCUGGGUGGAUCGCGAGGACGAUCUAGAGACGCUGGUCAACACCCACGCAUACCCGCCGUCGACCUCGUCGGCGCCAUUCAGCUACCUCGGCAGGAGCAGGUCGGAGAACCAGCAGAGCCCGUCGUCCUCUUCGGCACCAUUCAGCUUCCUCAGUAGAGCCAGGUCGGCAAGCCUGCAGAGCGACGCACAGGCUUGA